CACGAGCUAGAGGUGAACGUGCUGGCGAGUGAAGCGUGGGAGCUUUACAGCAUGCUUCGGUUGGCAAAACUUGCUGAAGAAGAGCCUGCAAGUGGCAUUGAGAAAAUUGAUGUCAUAGAAGGUGAUGGAGGGGCUGGGACUAUUCUCAAGCUAACAUUUGCAGGCCCACCUUUGUUUACUGUUUACAAAGAGAAGUUCAUAAAGCUUGACAAUGAAAAACGCCUUAAAGAAACAGAAGUGGUCGAAGGAGGAUAUCUUGAGUUAGGCUUUACUCUUUUUCUUAUUCGAUUCGAAGUCAUAGAGAAAGACAAUGAUUCAUGCAUAAUCAAAAGCACAAUAGAGUAUGAUGUCAAGGAAGAGGCUGCUGCUAAUGCCUCGUAUGUUACUAUUGACGCAGUGGCAAAUAUUGCAGAACUCUCCAAAAAUUAUCUCACCAAAAACAAAGCUGCUAAAGAUGAACGCUAAUUAUGUAUCU